UUUCAUACUGUAGGAAUGGCAACUAAAAGGAAGCGAAGCAAAGAUGGACCUCAGUACGGACGAGAACCUGAGGAAUCUUGUGAAGAAAGGCCAGGAACUAUUGGAUAAGCCUGUUAGAAGUUUAAAUUUGGAGACUGGGCGUCCUGAGACAGUGAAGAACGACUGCACAAACAGGAUGGCAUUGACUAAAAUGGCUGAACGACUCUCCAAGGAGAAGAAGUUGAGGGAUAAACGGAGCGCAUCUUCUGCACUUUCUAUGAAUGGCCAUAGUGUUGGAAUAAACAUCUGAACUUCUUUCUUCCAUUCCAAUCACACCUUACGCUAGAAUUUUGUGUAUAAU